AUGGACUCCCCGUUCCAGCACCCCAAGUCCAGGGGCUUCGUCUCCAGCGCGGAGCUGAGCAUGAAGCAAACGGUGCCGAGCGCUCCGGGGCCCGAGGGCAGGUCCCGCUUCCAGAAGGUCUCGCUGGUGUCGCGGCGGCUGGAGAGCGGCGGGAGCGCCCGGGGCCGGGAGGGGAGUCCCUCCCGCGUCUCCCUCCUGCUGCAGGCCUGGGAAAAGGAGAUCGUGGAGAAGACAUCGCCCGGCCCGGGCAGCCUGACCCCGCGGGAGCGCUCGUCCUCCUCCCUCAGCCUCCUCAAGGACUUCACCGCUCACGGCCCCGUCUUCUCCCAGGUGUAUUCCCCGGCGCAGAAGCCCCGACGGCAGGACGAGAGGGGGAAGGCGGGGGCGGGCGAUGGGGUCCCCCCACCCGUGGUUCCCCCCCGUGAGACGCCGGUGCACCGGGAGAGCUACGUGCACGGCACCCUCCUCCCCGUCCGUCCCUCCGAGCGCCCCAAGGGGGGUCCCGGGGAAGGGGCCGGUGCUCCCCGCGCUGCCGAGCCCGGUUGUGUCCCUGCCGUGCCCAGACCCCGGCAGGUCACGGUGCUCCGGACAGGCAGGGACGCAGCUGAGUCGGGGCCGGUGGGGACACGGGAAGCCCGGAACGGGAUGCACGACGCUGCCGGUGCCACCACGGCCCCGCCACAGCGGGAGAGUCACGGGCAGGACGGCGGCAGCAUCACCGGCACCGUGGUGAGCACUGAGAGCUCCCCGGGCACCGCAGAGACCACCGAGGGAUCCCCUGGGGAGAACCACUCGCCACAAGCUGGAGCUGUGCCAGUGAAACCAGCCCCGAGGGACAGUGAGAGGCCCGGGGACCCCCAAACCGGUACAACCAGCUCCCCACAGUGUCCCUUGGUGGGCUCUGGUAGCCAGGCUGAUCCAGCUGGAGCGGGAGAGGGAAGCACAGCAGAGGAGGAUGGCACCAUUUCAGCCACACCACCGAGGACAGAGAUUUCCCCAGGAGCUGGCAGCACCCCUGAAAACCCCUCCUCAGAGCCAAGUGAUCCAGAGUCUUCACCUGAAGCAGCAGCACCUCCAAAGGCUGAGCCUGAACCGGAGGAGGGAGAGAUGACAGAAGAACCCCAGGGCAUGGCUGAAGAGCCCAAGAGCAGCCCAGAGCUCCCUGCUGAGCCCCCAGCUCCUGACCCCCCAUCCGAAAGCCCCCUGGACGCUAUCGAGGAGGACGCUGAGCUGCUGGUGGACAUGGAGAUCUUCGUGGACACGCUGCGCAACAUGGAGCCCUCGGAGAUGCGGAAGGAGCUGCUGGCACGGGGGACCACGAGGGACAGCCCCGAGGAGGAGCUGGAGAUCGAGAACCCCUACCUGAGCCCCGAGGAGCGGGCGCUGGCCAGGAGCCUCCGUGGGGUGUCCCGGGUGGGCGGCGAUGGCCGCGUGGAGGGGGACUCGCUGCUGGGGACGCUGAGGCACGUGGGGGCAGAGGAGAAGGGCAGGUUGUUGGGGGGGGGCUCGGGAGAGCACAGCGUCCUGUUCCGAGGGAACGUGCUGAAGGGAAUGGCGCUGCUCUCCCACUUCCUGGAGCAGCGGGCGGCCGCGGCUGAGGAGCCCAAGCCCUACUCCCGCCUGGACAACAGCGUGCUCUACAGCCGCUUCGUCACCCCCAGCACUGCCCCUGCUGGGGACACGGCCUUGCCCACCCCCAACGACCACAAUGGACUGGGCCCUGGUGGCCCUGAGAUGGCCCUGCUGGAAGCCCCAAGUCCUGGCUCCAUCUCUCCUGUGACUGAAGAGCCAGAGAACACCAUGGACCUGUGCCUGCCUGAUGUCCUGCAGGAAGAUGAGGAGGGCUUCAAGAAGAUCAACAUGAGACCUGGCAAGAUCAUCCUCUUCUCCGAGGCCGGAUUCGCGGGGCAGAAACGGGAGAUCUGGGGUGAUGUCCCCGACGCCACGUCCUGGGAGCUCUCACACACCAUCUCCAUCCGAGUCAUCCGAGGCGGCCCCUCGCUGCUGCCUCCAUCAUCGUCCACUCGGGCCUGUGAGCGGGACCCCCAGGGCUGGGUGGGUGCCAGAAGGGGGGCUCUGGAGGAUUACCGCACCCCCGAGAUCAGCCUGUUUGCCGAGGAGAACGGCGAGGGAGCCCGGCUCAAGUUCAGCGGCUCUGCCGAGGACACGCGCACGCGGGGACAGCCCCUCGCUGCUGCCUCCAUCAUCGUCCACUCGGGCCUGUGGCUGGUUUACUCCAAGCCUUUCUUCGAUGAUGAUCCCUACGUUUUGGAGCCGGGCGGGUAUCCCAAUUUAAAGGCUUGGGGAGCAAAGGACCCAUCCAUCUGCUCCAUGCACCCCAUCAGGCUGGGCUGCCCCGUUGUGGAGAGACCUGGAGAGCCACAGGUGCUGAUCUACGAGGCCACCGGUUUCCAGGGCCGCAGCUUCACCAUCAGCAGAGACAUCUAUGACCUGAAGAGCCUGCCUGGGCCAGCACUGCCCACCGUGGGCUCCCUGCGUGUCCUGGGUGGCUGCUGGGUCGGCUACGAGAAGGAGGGAUUCCGUGGUCACCAGUACCUGCUGGAGGAGGGGGAGUACCAGGACUGGAGGCACUGGGGCGGCUACGGCGAGGAGUUGGUGUCCUUACGGCUGAUACGGACGGACUUCUCCGACCCAGCACUGGUCCUGUUCGAGGCCAUGGACUUCGAGGAGGGCCCGAGCGUGGAGCUGAGCGAGGCGCUGCCCGACACGCAGCUGCACCCACGUUUUCCUGGCAGGUGGGUGGCCUACGAGGGCACCAACUUCUCUGGCGAGCAGUACAUCCUGGAGAAGGGGGUGUAUCGCAGCUGCGAGGACUGGGGCGCCACCGACUGCCGCAUCGCCUCGGCACAGCCCAUCCUGCAGGUCGGGGAACACAACCUCCAUUUCGUCUCCAAGAUCCUGCUCUUCUCAGAACCUGACUUCUUGGGGGACCACAUUGCCUUUGAGGAGGAUCAGGAUGCCCUUCCUGACACCUUCGUCCCACGCUCCUGCAGAGUCCGGGGGGGCAGCUGGAUCCUGUUUGACGGGCAGGACUUCACGGGGGAGCAGCACGUGCUGUCAGAGGGCGAGUACCCCACGCUCAGCGCCAUGGGCUGCCUCUCCUCCACUGCCAUCUGCUCCUUGAAGAAGGUCCCAGUGUUUUUCUCAGAGCCUUCCAUCUUCCUGCACGGGCUGGAGUGUUUUGAGGGGAAGGAGAUCGAGCUGAACAACGAGGUGAGGAGUCUCCAGGCAGAGGGGUUCAACAACCACGUGCUGUCGGUGCGAGUCAAAGGCGGGAUCUGGGUGCUGUGUGAACACGGUGACUUCCCAGGCAGCCAGUGGCUGCUGGACUGCACUGAGAUCACCAACUGGCUGACCUACAGUGGGCUCCAGCACGUGGGGUCCCUCUACCCCAUCCGCCAGAGACGGAUCUAUUUCCGCAUCAGGAGCAGGGAGCUGGAGCUCUACCUCUCUGUCCCCGACGACGUGGAGGACAUGAAGGCAGGACGGGUGGUGGUCUCCAGCCUGAGUGAGCAGAGCAGCUCCAUCUGGUACUACGAGGAUGGGCUGAUCAAGAACCAGGUUGCCCCCAACAUGAGCCUGCAGGUGAUCGGGCCGGCCGGGAAGGGCGCCAAGGCCGUGCUGUGGUCUGAGACCCGGAUGCCCCGUCAGACCUGGAGCGUCGACGCUCAGGGACGGAUCCACAGCCAGAUGUUUGAGGACAUGAUCCUCGACAUCAAGGGUGGCCGAUCCUACGACCGGGACCAUGCCAUUGUUUGGGACAUGGCUGAGGAAAGACCCACGCAGAUAUGGGACAUCCAGGUGCUAUGA